AUGGAUAUCAGUUCUACAGUGUUGAAUGGAAGCGACAUUAAUUCAACACUGACAUCUCAAAACAGAACCGGAAGCUUUGCUGUCGGAGGAUGGGAGAAGUCAGCAUUAGCUCACACGGCUGCUGAAGAAUUCUGGCAGCUUACGAAUGUCGUAGCGCUACUAACGUUUAGUAGCUCAGGCUUAGAUGACGUUGGCGGAGUCAAGUGGGAGCUUCUUCUGUGCCUCUUCAUCUCAUGGGCGAUCAUCUUUGGAUGUGUGUUUAAAGGUGUCAAAUCAGUCGGGAAGGCUGUUUAUGUCACAGCGACACUUCCAUACAUUUUCCUCUUCAUCCUGCUUGUCCGUGGUUUGACUUUGCCAGGGGGACCAAGCGGGGCUCUCUUCUACCUCACACCAGAUUUCAGCAAACUACUGGACAUACAGGUGUGGCUGGCAGCCUGUGCCCAGGUGUUCUUCUCUCUGGGUCCUGCAUGGGGAGGAAUCAUUACCCUGGCAAGCUACAACACGUUCCAUGCAGAUUGUCUCAGGUAA